AUGGUAGUUGUUUUCUUUACUGUUGUAUUGAAAAAGCUUUCAGAGGCUAAUUCUCUUCCACAUCUCUGCAUCUACACGGCUGCUGCUGCUGAUUUAACUUUCAUACCUGAUCUUGAUGUCUUGAAGGACAUCUUCACUAUGAAGCUUUGUGUUAUCAGAUUAUGGACACUGGAAUGUUACUAUAACAACGACCAAAUUUUCUCCAUUCAAGGUAACAAGAUCCAAGGUUAUGGCCCUAAUGCUUAUGUUUACAAGUUUAGAAAAGUUCUAAAAGAAGGGGAAGCUUUUUUCAUCAAAAAUCCAAAUUUAGCAAAGAUUGAUGAAGAUGUUAUCGGUUUGGUAGUUGCAAUUGGUGAAAUUGAUGCUCGAAAUGAAGAUAGAAAGAGGCAUAAGAUGAGACUACAAAUCCAAGAUGCCAACCUUAGAUUUUGUACUAACGUAUACCCGUCUGGUAUUAAAGCAUUGAAAGAUAUGAAAUUGGCUUUCAUAGUUUAUGUUUCAAAAUACAAUGUGCAAAGGAACAACAAUCAAUAUACUAUUUCCAAGAUUAGUGAUGAUGAGACUUUGAUUGAGGAGUUGGAGAAAAAGUUUUUCGUUGCAGAGGGAGGUAAUUUACUAUCGUUUGAACAUGGUACCACUGAUUGUGAAUCUCAAGAUAACAUAUUUAUAAAGGUGUACUCUAAAUUAUCUCAAUAUCCAAUUCACAAGCCCAAAAAAGAAUUUGGAUGCAACGAGAAGCGAGCUCUUGAGGAUGAUAUUGUUUUGGAUGUCAACGACAACAUGUCAUCAUCGAAGGUCACAAAAGUUGUAGGAGGGGAACAACAUAAAUUUGUCAAUGUUAAGUUGGAAAAGUGA